AUGAGUGGUGUUGAUCGAAUUCUGGGAAACAUUUACGUCGGACCAGUUCAGCCCAUUAUCGACCAUGUACCGUUGAAGGUUGAUUACAACAUUUCACACAUCUUGUCGGUGAUGAAGUUCGAGGUUCUCCCCGAGUACCUCAUAAGGAAAAACUAUACCAUAAAGAACAUUCCCAUUAAUGAUGACGAGACCACCGAUAUUCUACAGUAUUUCAACGAAACGAAUGUCUUCAUCGACCAAUGUCUUUUCCCGCAUGAGCCAGAAUACAAUCCCAGAAAAGUGAGUUUUAAGAAGAAACCGCAACAGAAUGGUGUGUUUGUACAUUGCCAUGCGGGAGUUUCGAGAUCUGUAACCAUCGUUGUUGCAUACUUGAUGUACCGUUAUGGAUUGAAUCUGAAGUCAGCUCUAUAUGCAGUACAACGCAAGCACCCGGGCGCUCAACCAAAUGAUAAUUUCAUGGAGCAGCUUAAAACAUACGAGGAGAUGGGAUCCUGUCUUGUCGAUAAUGAUCACCAAAGCUACAAAGUUUGGAAGUUGGCCAAUUCUGUAAAAGAAGAUGUCACCGGAGAGACCAUUUUAGCUCAAGAAGACACAUUCAAAAAUGACGAUCAAAAGAGACUGCAGGAAAUGACACCAGAGGAGUUGGCCAAGGUCUAUGCAAUUCGGUGCAAGAAGUGUAGACAGCGCCUUGCAUUGUCAACUUCUUUUAUUAAGCACGAACCUCCAAGCAAAGAAUCCACAGAAGGGCACUUCAUCCGAAGAACGGCAGGCGGGAGAAGAAUCGUCGGUAUCCAACAGUCCCAGGAUAUGUGCUCUCACUACUUCGUUGAGCCGCUGAACUGGAUGAAGGAAGAGCUACAAGGGAAGCAGGAGUUAGAGGGUAAGUUCAGUUGUCCCAAUUGCACAUCUAAGGUCGGCGCAUACAAUUGGAAAGGUUCCAGGUGCAGUUGUGGAAAAUGGAUGGUGCCGGCAAUUUACCUGCGGGAUGCAAAGGUAGAUAGGCUGGGAUUUUCUCAGAAGGUUUUACCAAACAUGGUUGGGUCGGAGUUAGCUAAGUAA